UAAAUGGUGUAGACCCACCAGCAAAGUCUAGUAUCCUCUUGUUGGAGGACUCUAGGAAGGACAUGGCAUGAAGCUAAAAUUUCCACUUCUCAGUUAAACGUGUAUCGUAAUUUGUUUAGAACGUGAAUUAGUUCAUGUUUAUAUGUUCUACUAUAAUAGUGGCGCUUUAGUUUUGACAUUUGGACCAAACUGUCGCCAGUUUACCGACUAGCUAAGCUAGCUUGUAAUUUACCGUUUAAAGGUUGCGACUUUAGACUUAAAGCAGCAUGGCGUUAAUCCUGUUUACGAGAUCCAGAGCACCUUUAAUGAAAACGGCCAGGUCGUUAAAGAACGAAUUCCGGAAAAACAAAGGGAAACUGCAGGAAGGUAACUGUUUCAACUGCAGAACCCUCAGACUCACCUGUCAAAAUUCUCUUAGGCUGGAUGGGCUCAGACUUGGUAGCUUGGCCCAGCUGUCCUCAGUCAGUCCUUCCCUGCCCUUGUCAGAUGAAUCCUGUCACAACAUAGACCCACAGCAGCUCUACAGUGCUUUAGCAGUAGGGUGCUCCAGGUCACCGUACCCUGCUAAAACUACAGGUGCCCAGUGGAUGGUCGUACCACUGCAGGAAUUCCCUGGAGUCCGGUGGAUACACACCUCAGUCAGAGUGUGGGAUGACUCGAAGGUGGAGAAGUUGCUACGCUCAAUAAAGGACAAAAAGAAGCUGGAAGAGGGGGGACCGGUUUACAGCCCGACGCUGGAUGCAGAACCUGUCAGAAGAACAAUUCGACAGCGAGUUGUGGAUGAAAUCAAACACUACUAUCAUGGCUUCAGAUUGCUGUGGAUUGAUACCACCAUCGCUGGGCGAAUGCUGUGGAGAAUCCUGAAUGGACAUCCUCUGUCCCGCCGUGAGAGGAGACAGUUUCUCAGAACAUGUGCAGACGUCUUUAGACUGCUGCCUUUCCUGGUGUUCAUCAUUGUUCCUUUCAUGGAGUUUCUGCUUCCUGUGGCGUUAAAGCUGUUCCCCAACAUGCUGCCGUCCACCUUUGAGACACAGUCAAAGAAGGAGGAGAGAUUGAAAAAAGAGUUGAGGGUCAAACUGGAGAUGGCCAAGUUCUUGCAAGACACUAUUGAGGAGAUCGCUUUGAGGAACAAGGCUGCCAAAGGCAACGUGACGGAGGAGUUUUCCACCUUCUUCCAGAUGAUCAGGAACUCUGGGGAACGACCGAGUAACGAGCAGAUCAUAAAAUUCUCCAAACUGUUUGAGGACGAGCUGACUCUGGACAACCUGUCUCGGCCUCAGCUGGUGGCUCUCUGCCGUCUUCUGGAGCUCCAGUCCAUCGGGACCAAUAACUUUCUCCGCUUUCAGCUCAUCAUGAAGCUCAGGGCCAUUCGUGCAGAUGAUAAGCUAAUAGCCGAAGAGGGAGUGGAGAGUCUGAAUGUGAACGAGGUCCAGGCAGCAUGUCGCGUGAGAGGGAUGAGAUCUCUUGGCGUCACAGAGGAUCGACUAAGAGAGCAGCUCAGCCAGUGGUUGGAGCUACAUCUGAACCAGCAGAUCCCAACAUCUCUGCUGCUUCUGUCUCGAGCCAUGUACCUCCCUGAUACUCUGUCUCCUGCUGAUCAGCUGAAAACGACACUGCAAACUCUUCCUGAAAUGGUGACCAAAGAGGCCCAGUUAAAGGUGGCAGAGAUUGAGCUGUCCAAAGUGGACAACAAGACCAAAGUAGAGACAAUGCUGCAGGAGGAGGCAGCAAUACGACAAGACACGAAGGACCGGGAGAUGGAGAGGCUGGCUGAUGCAGCAGAAAAGGCCGCCCAGGAAGGCCAGCUGGAGCUGGAAGCGGCUGCAGUGAAGCUCAGCGAGGAAGAAUUGAAUAAAGCCGCUCAUCCAGAGACGCUGAGGGACACCGCUCCAGUCUUAGAGGGAACCAAGGAUGAGGAGAUCACCAAAGAAGAGAUUGACCUGCUGAGUGAUGCCUGCUCAAAGCUGAAGGAACAGAAGAAACUGCUGACUCUGGAGAAAGAAGAGCUGGAAGAGCUGAAGGACGAUGUCCAGGAAUACAACGAGGAUUUGGAGGAGAUAAAGAAGGAGUUUUCUAAGACAGGUCAGGAGAAGGCUUUAGAGGAGUCCAAGGCCAGCCAGCGCCUGUCUAAGAGGGUGACCCGGAUAAUCGGACGCAUUGACAAGAUCAUUCUGGAGCUGGAGAAGGAUAAGGUCAUCCUGGACGGACAGGUGGACAGUGGAGCCACUCCCCCUGUUGGUCUUUUCUACACCUUUAGGGAGAACUUAAUCAGCAUCAAUGAGCUCAUCAGCGUCAUGCGGCAGAUCCAGAACAUUCCAGAGGACAAGCUGUUGCGGAUCACUGAGGCCCUUGAUGACAACAAGGAUGGGAAGUUAGACAUUGAUGAUGUCAUCAAGGUGGUGGAACUGAUCGACAAGGAGGACAUCGACAUCUCCACCUCCCAGGUGGCCGACAUCAUGGCGAUGCUGCAGAAGGAGGAGAAGCUGAUGGAGAAGGAAAAGGCCAAAGAGAAAACUGAGAAGGAGCAAGCAGCUAAACUCCACAGCUAACUCUUUGUCUCACACAGUGGACACCUGUACAAAUCAAAACACACUUUCUGUCUGGAACCACAACAACAUGGCAAGAUUCAGAGGAGAAUUAUUAAUCAUUUUUAAAUAUAAAUCAAAAACGGCUUCCUUCCUGUAAAACGCACAAAAUCACCUUGAUGGCUUGUUUCUGGAGUGAUCUUAUAUUUGUGGAUACUUGAUUAGUGUAGCUCACAAAAUUAUUUAUUGAUACAGGGAAACCCCAGAUGUGUAACUAAGGCUGCUUUCCUCACUUAAAAGUGUAAAAAUGGAGAUGUAGUUUAUCAGGUUUUAGAUGGUGAGUUUGGUUUAUCAGCUCAUUUUCAUCAGAUGAUUGUUUUAGUUUAGUCAUCCUGCUGGAUCUGGAUUGAGUUUUGAUUGGUGGUUGAGGCUGCUACCAAAGAUGAACAACACCAACCACCGUUUGAAUGUUAGAGUUCAGGUUUACAGAUUUAGGUUCAUCUCUCUCUUCCAGUAAAGCUCAUUGGUUGGUGUUGCAGAUCUGUAACCAGUUUAUUCACUUAAAUGUCUCUAAAUCUCGUGUCUCACCGUGCUGGGGCUGUUUGAGACAUUUAUGUCUCAAAACAUUCUGGAGGGUUCUUGGUUUUCCCCGAGUUAGCGUAGGGCGUCCCUCAGAAGUCCCUGGAAUCCUAAAUGUGACAGAUUUUCUCUAAAGUCUGUCCAACAGUGGACAUGGACAUCUGGAGCUUGUCUCAGUUUAGUUUUUAUGCGUGAGAAGGGGGACAAAUGUGAGACAACUCUAUUAGGAAAAUAAGAUGGGACAAUUAAGAGACUUUGAGUGGGUGGGGCUUACGGUCAGAGAUUUCAUGGCUUGACUUUCCAACAGCAGAGAUAAUUUAUUCAUGUUAUUUAUUAAUCGAUGGUAUGCAUUCAGUUUGACUCCAACUAAACUUUCAAAAUUAGCUCAUAACAUUGUCAGCUGUUAACUGUAACAGGUCAGGUUAAAGGUCGUGGCUAAGUAGCACAGAUAUGAUUGCUAAGCUAAUGGAGACAUAUGGAUGAUUGGAGCAUAAUUAGCUAGUUAUGCUAAGUAAUUAGAACUUUCUACCAGCUAGUAGAAAUGUUUGGUCGAUGGCACUACCCAGUGGGUUCAGAGUGAGCAUGGUGCUUGGUGGUUUGGUAGUUCUGUUAGAACUGGCCUCUACAGGAUCAGUACAAAGUGGCCUUCUCAGAACACACCUGGUAUUGUUCAUGUACUGUUUGUCUUUUUUUAGAAAUUUACAGAGAUUUAUUUUUUAUUAAAUGAUUCUGAUUUUGUUUUUAGACUCAGUUGUUUGGCUUCCUGGUGAUCAGAUCCUUUUGCACUCCAGUGAGUUUUUAGGACUAAGUGAUGACUGAACUGUUUUUGUCUGUUCUUGCUACAAACUGCACUGCAGGUGGGAUGUAAACACACUCUGGCGCAGUUUCACUUAUGGAUGCAACUCGGCAUCACCAUUAUUUCCUGUAAUCAAAUGAUCAAAAAGAAAACAAACACGAAACUUGUACUCUGUCUCUAGACAUGUCUCUGACAUGACUUACAAAUGAGGAUUUAACAAUACAGUAGAGGAGAAGGGAAGUAGGAGUAUCACAGGAUAGCACUGGCAGCUGAACCUGGAUCCGUUUUAGAGACUUGGCCCUUAUUAAAUGCCCAAAGAGAGUCUUGUACAGAGGUAACAUCAGAUCUCUAGAUUCAGGUGCAUCUGUAACAGCUACUUCCAUGUUUUCAAUUAAAAGUCUCUGCAACAUUCUGUCUCCGUUAAUCCUAAAGCCGCCUCAUUUACUGGCCCGUCUGUAAUGGUCUGUUUAGACCCUUCAUUCAUGUGAUCAGAUCAUCAAAAUAAAUGGAGCCUUGGAGUUGUGUAGAAGCAUCACUCUGCCUCGCUAACGCCCACAGCAACUGAAGGACAAGUGAAAAACAGAGAAGUGAGUAGGAAGGUUAUUUGAUUCCAUUUAGUUUGAAUAAUAAACUAAAAGUGGAGUACGCCAUUUCCACUUUCUUCUGUGUGGACGUUCAUGACUUGAAUGUUGAACAUGUAACGAGCGUAAUUUCUGCUUUAACACUUUCUUGUUUCAGUGAAGAAUGCAUUGUUUACAAAAGAUAAAUAAAUUGCGAAGGAUCUUC